AUGCGAUUCUUCAUUAAGCCAGAGGAACCAGCAAACUCCAGCUUAGGAAUCACAGCCAUGUCUGUGCAGGAAAGCGGAGAGCAGGGCCGGCAGCAAGACUCCUGUUGCUUAGCAGGGCUGUCGCUGUUUCGCAGCGAGGAGGUAUGUCUCGCGCAGCUCUUCCUCCAGUCAGCUUCCGCCUACAGCUGCGUCAGCGAGCUGGGAGAGAUGGGAUUGGUGGAAUUUCGAGAUCUGAACCCCAAUGUCAACGCCUUCCAGAGGAAGUUUGUGGGGGAGGUGCGCCGCUGUGAAGAAAUGGAGAAAACUUUCUCGUUCCUGGAGCAGGAGAUCAGGCGCGCCGGACCCUCGAUGCUGCCCCCUGUCUCCCCGGAGGCCCUCUCCUCCGCGGCCGCCUCCUCCACCCCCGCCCCCUCCCCCCGCGAGGCCCUGCGGAUCCAGGAGGAGUCGGAGCGUCUAUCCCAGGAGCUGCGGGAGGUCAGCCGGAACAGAGACUCCCUGCGGAAACAGCUGAGAGAGGCGCUGGAAUACCAGAGUGUGCUGAGAGAGAGCCAGAGAUUCACAGAGAGAUCGGAGUCCGGUUCUCCUCUCUCUGACCCGUACUCUGCCGUCGACGGAUACCAGCCCUUCCCUCAGAGGAUGGACGUCCGGCUCAGUUUCACAGCUGGGGUCAUUCACCCCUGGAAAGUGAACUCCCUGGAGAGACUGCUGUGGAGGGCGUGUCGCGGUUACAUCAUCUUCAACUUCAAAGAGAUGGACCAGCCAAUGGAGGACCCCGCUACGGGAGAGAUGAUUCACUGGGUGGUGUUUCUGGUGUCCUAUUGGGGGGAUCAGAUUGGACAGAAAGUGAAGAAGAUCUGUGAUUGCUAUCACACUCGCGUGUAUCCUUACCCACAGAACGACGAGGAGAGCCACGAAAUCCUGCAAGGACUUGAAACCAGAAUUCAGGAAACCAAAUCCGUCCUGAGCGAGACGGAGGAUUUCCUGCGGCAGGUCUUGCUGAGGGCUGUCCAGUCUCUGCCUGGCUGGUCGGUCCAGGUGCAGAAGAGCAAAGCCAUCUACCUGGUUCUGAACAUGUGCAGCGUGAGUGUGACGGACAAGUGCCUCAUCGCGGAGGUGUGGUGUGCAGUAAGGGAGCUGCCCAGACUGACACAGGCACUGCGGGAGGGGUCGCUGCGCAGCGGCUCCGGGGUCGAGUCGUUCUUUAAUCGGAUCCCGACGCAGGACACGCCCCCCACGCUGUUCCGGACCAAUCGCUUCACCGCGGGCUUCCAGGGCAUUGUUGACGCCUACGGGGUCGCGACCUACCAAGAGGUCCCCCUGUCCCCCUACACCAUCAUCACGUUCCCCUUCCUGUUUGCUGUGAUGUUUGGGGAUGUGGGUCACGGCCUCGUCAUGUUCCUCUUCGCUCUCUGGAUGGUUCUGGAGGAAAAGACCCUCCUUUUCUGGGGUUGCAAUGAAAUUUGGCGCACGUUUUUUGGGGGGCGCUAUCUGAUCCUGCUGAUGGGGGCGUUCUCCGUUUACACGGGCGCGGUUUAUAACGAGUGUUUCAGCAAAGCGAUGAACCCCUUCCCCUCGGGCUGGAGCGUGACGGGCAUGUUUGAGAACGGCGACUGGAGUGACGCUGUACUGGAAGGAAACCAGUACCUCACUCUGGAUCCCAACAUCACUGGUGUCUUUCAUGGACCAUAUCCAUUCGGCAUUGAUCCGAUCUGGAGCUUGUCAAACAAUCACUUGAACUUCCUGAAUUCCUACAAGAUGAAGAUGUCUGUGGUGAUCGGAAUCAUUCACAUGAGCUUCGGAGUGUGCCUGGGGGUCUUCAACUACAGUCACUUCAAGAAGGGGUACAGCAUUGUGCUGGUCUUCCUCCCAGAGCUGCUGUUCAUGCUCUGUCUCUUCGGGUACCUCGUUUUUAUGAUCGUCUACAAGUGGCUCGUUUACGGACCCUACAACUCCCGGACCGCCCCGAGCAUCCUGAUCCACUUCAUCAACAUGUUCCUCUUCACUACGAGUGCAGAAAACACAAUGCUGUACAAGGGACAGGAUAUCGUUCAGAUGAUAUUGGUGAUACUGGCCUUGUGUUCAGUUCCUGUACUCUUGCUUGGGAAACCCCUCUAUCUCUUCUUGAACCACUGGUUGGACUCGCAUGCCAAAAGCUCCAGCCCCUCUGAUCGGCGCCCCCUGCUGUCUCGGGAUAGGGAGGGCAGUAUCAACGCUGUCGAGGGAGACGUGGAGGAGGGAGGCUGUGCAGCCCAGGAGGAGUUUGAUUUCUCAGAGGUGUUUAUGCACCAGGCAAUCCACACUAUAGAGUACUGCCUGGGCUGCGUCUCCAACACCGCGUCGUACCUGAGACUGUGGGCGCUGAGCCUCGCACACGCGCAGCUGUCGGAGGUGCUGUGGUCAAUGGUGAUGCGGAAUGCUCUGUCCUCGUCUCAGUUCUACGGUGCCGCGAUGCUGUUUCCUGUCUUCGGCUUCUUUGCUGUGCUCACCGUCGCCAUCCUGCUGGUAAUGGAGGGGCUGUCAGCCUUCCUGCACGCGCUCCGUCUGCACUGGGUUGAGUUUCAGAACAAGUUUUACUUGGGAACUGGAUACAAACUGACUCCCUUCUGCUUCUCCUCCAUCCUGGAGAAUCUGUCCAGCUCUGUCUAAACUAUACCUUCAACACGGCAAUGCUAGCCCAGACCAAAUCUUCCAAUACAAUUUAGCAUUACUACUA